ACCCUAUAUGAUUCCCCUCUCCCGCCAUCACGAAACGGCCCACAGUAUUUGUUCUCUCUCGCUCCUCUCUAAACUAAACUUCACGUAUUCUCUCUUUAAAAGGAAGAGGAAAAAAAUAAAGAAUCCAAAAUUCGACACCAAAUAUUCUUAAAAAAAGAAAAGAAAAUAAAUUGACAAAUGGAGCUACCGGUGAUAGAUCUAGCACCGUAUUUGGAGAUCGCUGGGAAUAGGGAUGGUGAGUCAGCUAAGCGAGCGAGUGGACUCAGCGAGUUGUGCCGUGAGGUGAGUCGACUGCUUAAGGAAACGGGGGCAUUACUGGUUAAGGAUCCGCGUUGUACGGCGGAAGACAACGAUCGGUUCAUUGAUAUGAUGGAGAAGUACUUCGAGAAGCCUGCCGAGUUCAAGCGCUUGCAGGAGCGUCCGUAUUUGCAUUACCAGGUAGGAGUAACACCGGAGGGUGUGGAAGUUCCAAGAAGCUUGGUCGAUAAAGAAAUGCAAGAGAAGUUAAGGGCAAUGCCCAAAGAGCACCAACCAUACACUCCCAAGGGGCCCGAUCCCAAGUGGCGAUACAUGUGGAGAGUGGGGCCUCGCCCUUUGAAUACCCGCUUUCAGGAACUUAAUUCUGAACCUGUCAUACCUGAAGGUUUCCCUGAAUGGAAAGAGACCAUGGACACUUGGGGAUACAAAAUGAUAUCAGCAAUAGAGGCUGUUGCUGAAAUGGCAGCAAUUGGGUUUGGGCUGCCAAAAGAUGCAUUUACUUCCCUUAUGAAGCAGGGGCCACAUCUUCUAGCUCCAACAGGGAGUGACCUCAGAUGUUAUGGGCACAAGGGCACUGUGUUUGCAGGCUACCACUAUGACCUUAACUUUUUAACUAUUCAUGGAAGGAGUAGGUUCCCUGGUCUAAACAUUUGGUUAAGGAAUGGGCAAAAGGUUGAGGUGAAGGUUCCUGUAGGAUGUCUUCUAAUUCAGACCGGAAAGCAGAUAGAAUGGUUGACUGCUGGUGAGUGCACAGCUGGUAUGCAUGAAGUUGUUGUCACAAAGAGGACAAUUGAUGCUAUAAAGUUGGCAUCAGAGCAAAAUCAUAGCUUAUGGAGAGUAUCCUCGACAUUGUUCGCACACAUAGCUUCGGAUGCAGUGUUAAAGCCUCUCGGCCACUUUGCAGAAUCACCCCUUGCCAGCAAAUAUCCACCUAUAUGUGCAGGAGAAUUUGUUGAACAAGAGCUUGCAGUAAUUAAUCUGAAAGGAAAUAAAGGGGAAUCAUGAUAAAUUUGUUUCUCAUUAUAUAAUAAAUCGUACACUAUUGUUGUUCCAAAGAUGCAAAUAAAAUUUCAAGGGUAUUUGGUUUAAAUUAUUUGCAAGAAAGGUGGUCGACAUUAUGGUAUUUAAAAUGUUACAUGGUGUAAUAUUUUUGUUUAUUCUUGCAAAUUCAUUUAAAAUAUAGAACAUUGCUUUUUCAAUUUCUAUGUUCAUUGUCUCAAUGAUUGUAUUAGUGCAUAAAUUCAAUUUUACAUUGCCAUUGUUCAUUUAAAUAAUAAUGAUGCUGUCAUUUCACUG